UAUGCGGUCCAUUAUGCAAAAGAAGCCUUGAAAGAACUUGUGAGGACAUACUAUGUGGAAGCCAAGUGGUUCAUCGAAGGAUACUUGCCACCAUUUUCCGAGUACAUGAGUAAUGCCUUAAUCACAUGCACUUACGUUUAUCAUACAACCACGUCCUUGUUGGGGAUUAAAUCAGUCACCGAGGAAGAAUUUGAGUGGCUCAGCCAUAAACCUAAAAUGCUUGUUGCCAGCCUCAUAAUAUGUCGACUCGUUGAUGACAUUGCUACCUAUGAGGUUGAGAAGGAAAGAGGCCAAAUUGCUACCGGCAUCGAAUCAUACAUGAAGGAGAAUGGUGUUACUAAAGAAGUGGCCAUCGAUAAAUUUUUUGAAAUGGUUACAAAUGCAUGGAAGGAUAUCAAUGAUGAGUGUCUCCGACCAAGUUCCUCUCCAAGAGAAAUUUUGAUGCGAAUUCUCAACCUUGAACGAAUUAUAGAUGUCACUUAUAAAGGCAAUGAAGAUGGAUACACACAACCACAAAAAGUUCUAAAACCCCACAUCAUUUCUUUGUUUAUUGAUCCCGUUGUGGUCUAAUAUUAUUUGGGAUCAAGUUGGAUACAAAUUGAUGUAAUUAGACAUUUUUUUUGCCUUAAUUUGUGAUUACUUUUUGUUUACCCUUGAAAUAAAGCGAACCUUCAAAUAAGCUGUAGACAUUUGCUCAUUACUAUUAAAUAUCCAUCUUAACAGUAUAUGUACUUUUGCAAA